AAAUUUACACCAAUGUUACUGAGAUUAGGGUCAGACUCAUACAAAGCUGCUUAAAAUCCUUUAUUUAGUAAUGUCUCCCUGUGUUGUUUAUUGCCAUAUCUUAGAUUUUAAACAAGUUUUGUUCAUCUUCUCUCAAGUGUUUUUCCUCCUUGGACUGUUCUGGUUUCUACCACCAGCAAGUGCCCAGAGGACAAACACAACUGGCACAUGUCAGACUGAGACUCUAGGAAGAGAAUUCAUCACCUCCUACAUGGACGACUGUGGGAACUCUAGUCAAUUUGAAGUGCAAAUUACUGGCUACUUUGCCUUCACUUCAGUGUCUGUUUCCAUCUCCAAUUACCAGUUUGAUAAGAAGAUUAUGGUAAAUUGGGGAGAGAUGGUGCGGGUCAGCCUACCAGAGUCAGUGGGAAUUAAGGGCACUACCAAUUUCUCCAAUGUGGUCCUAGUCAAGGCUGACAAAGAUAUCUCAGUAGUGUCCGUCAGCAACAAACAUGUGAGCCCUGAGACCACUGUGCUGUAUCCUGUCUCCAGCUUGGGAAAUGAACACUACAUAGUGACUCCCUCUACAGAAUCCUUAGAUAGUUACCCAGAGUUCUCUGUUAUGACAUACCAAGAGCCCAACUCCGUGGAGGUCCAUGUGAAAGGCAAGUUACAUUACCUAAUACAGGACAACUCCACUGGCUCCAGACUGACAAUUAAACUCCACGCUUUCCAAGGCAUCCAGUUUCAAGGCAUAGGAGAUCUGUCUGGCACCAGGAUUGUCUCAGAAAAACCAGUGGCCAUCUUGGUUGGCCAGAGGUGUUUUUGUAAUAACACUAAAUGCAACCAUGUCUUUGAGCAGCUCCUACCAGUUUGCAGCUGGGGUACAAAAUACAUCGUUCCUCCCUUACCCUGGCAGAAAGUAGAUGAAAUAGUCUACAUCACUGCUUCCCGGAACACAACUGUGUUGUAUCAACUAGGGGAACAGGCAGAGACUGUUACUCUAGCAGGAGGCAGUGUACUCCAGCGUCCUGUCAAGCCCUGGAUCCCAGUCUACAUCUCUGCUAAUGUGGGCAUCCAGGUGGUGUUCUACAGCGUGGGUGCACCUCUCCCUAAUUCCUCCCACGCCUUCCUGAUGAAUGUUCCAGAUGUUGCCAGUUACUGCCAGAUGUAUUCUAUAAAUGCCCAGGAGGGCUUCGAGAACUUUGCCUUGAUGGUGGCCAAUACAGCAGAGACUGGCGCCAUCAUCCUAGACAAUCAGCCUGUAAGGGAUGUGGUGUGGAACCGAGUCCCUGGCACUGAGUUCGUUUGGGGCAUGCGUACGCUUGUACCUGCCAACAGAUCCCAUGCUGUGGAACAUCCGCUUGUACCUGCCAACAGAUCCCAUGCUGUGGAACAUCCCAGCUCUCCGUUUGCACUCCUGAGUGUUGGCACUGCCGCCAUGGACAGCUAUGGGAUUCCGGGUUCCUGCAGGAAGAAUGUUACCUUUAAAUGCCAGACUGAGACUCCACAGAUACAAAAGCAGUUGGAGAUGUGCAAAGAUGUCUUUCUGAAGGUACGUGGAAGGGGUUUAUUUGGGUUUUUGAGGGUUUUCACAAAGAGUACACAGAAAACUUUGAGCCUGAGGAUUCUCUGUCUAUCCAGGGGCAACAACAGUGAAUUUUGCUCCUUCGUGAAUUUAACCAUAGUGAAUUUGGAGACCAUGUGUGCCCAGGACAGAGCAGUAUCAUUGGAGGAUUUUGCUGGCCCCUUUGGUCCCUUCCUGAAUAGUUCCACCCUCAGUGCUGGUGGGAACGAGAACAAAAGGGAGGUGGCCUCUGCCGUGACGUUCCUCCUGCAGAGUGUGGAAUUGGCUGCACUGACGGCUGCUUUGAAGUCUCCGGAGAUGAAGACCCAGAACGUGACAACAGAGUCUAUGGCUAUCGAGACGCUCCUCGUUGUCCCGGCUGCAGGUCCCUGUGAUGAGGUCUUCAGACUGAGAGCUCUGAAUGAGACAAUGGACAUUCACUGCGAUACGGUCACCAAAGCAGCCACAGAAGAUUCUUGGGCUGUUGCUUUUAUUUCUUACUUCACCCUGGACUCCAUCAUUGACAAGAGAUUUCUCAAGGAGGGAGAUCUAAUGGCUGAUGAGAAAUUGAGGAAUUGUCACUUGAAUUCCAGGGUGGUGAGUGGGGCUGUCGGAGAUGGGAGGCUCAUGAACCUCUCCAAACCUGUGAACUUCACCCUGCGCCAUAGACAGGCAAAGAAAGAAGAGGAGGAGGCUCUCUGCGUUCACUGGAAAUUCAUAGCUGGGAGAGGCUUCUGGGCUGAGGAUGGCUGCACCGUUCUCCACACGAACAGCACUCACACCAUCUGCAGCUGUGACCAUCUCUCCAGCUUUGCGCUUCUUAUGGGUCACACCGAAGUGGAGGAGAGUUACCCACUGACCAUCGUCACCUACGUGGGACUGACCCUCUCCCUGCUGUGCCUCCUCCUCGCCAUCCUCACCUUCCUCCUGUGCCGCUCCAUCCGCAACAUCAGCACCUCCAUCCACCUGCAGCUCUGCCUCUGCCUCUUCCUGGCCAACCUGCUCUUCCUCACCGCAGUGACUCGCACCAGCAUUCAGGUGGUGUGUGCUGUAAUUGCUGGCUUCCUACACUACCUCUUCCUGGCCUGCUUCACCUGGAUGUUCCUGGAGGGGCUGCACCUCUUCCUCACCGUCAGGAACCUGAAGGUCGUGAAUUACACCAGCACUAGCUGGUUCAAGAAGAGAUUCAUGUACCCGUUCGGCUACGGAUUCCCAGCCCUGGUGGUGGUUAUUUCGGCAGCGCUGAAUCCUGAUGGCUACGGAACUUCCAAACACUGCUGGCUAAGCCUGGACAGAGGCUUUCGUUGGAGCUUCCUGGGUCCAGUCUGUGCCAUAAUCCUGAUAAAUUUAACAUUUUUUCUUGUAACCCUCUGGAUCCUGAGAGACAAACUCUCCUCCCUUAAUGAAGAUGUGUCCACUCUCAAAGACACCAGACUACUGACUUUUAAAGCUAUCGCCCAGCUAUUCAUUCUGGGCUGCACAUGGAGUCUUGGUCUCUUCCAAGUCAGCUCAGCAAAAAUGGUCAUGGCGUAUUUAUUCACCAUUGUCAACAGCCUGCAGGGAGUCUUCAUCUUCCUGGUGCACUGUCUCCUCAAUCGCCAGGUAAUGCCCCUGGCGCGUCAUCAGCCACCCAGUGACUUCACGGGCCUAGGAGUGGCCUGGUCUGAGGGUGUUAGUUACAUGAUGUAG